CUGCAACAUGUGUUGCUCGACCUCAAUCAGUGUGCUGAUGGUGAGUAGUUUUUUAUAUCCAAAGAAGGAAAAGGACCGUCUAGGUGAUGAGUUGUUCUCCCUGAUCCUUGAGGACCUCUAGAUAUAAAGCCUGAAGGGUUCUGGGUGGCUGCCUUUGGGGUCGAUCUGGAGACGAGAGCUGCUGCGGGAGGAUCUCCAAGAUGUCCAAAGUGAAGCCUGCACCCCCUCCUGGGUGCACUCUGAACAUCAGCGAUCCUCAGGUUCAGGAGGCCGCCGUCCGAAUCCAAGCCUCGUAUCGCGGCCACAGGUCGCGUAAAGAGCUGCGGGAGAAGGGCCCUCCCAAGAUCCUGCAGGAUCUUAAAGAUGUGGUUCUUGUUGAGGGCAGCGCUGCAAAGCUGGAGUGCAGAGUGAGCGCCUUUCCAGAUCCAUUCAUCGUCUGGUCCAAGGAUGGAAAAGAGCUGAAGGAUGGUCCCAAGUACCGCUAUGUUUUUGAAGACCCGGAUUUUGUGGCGCUCGUGGUUAGAGAUGGGGUUCUGGCUGAUCUGGGAAAAUACACGGUUUCCAUUAAAAAUCCCUUUGGACAGACAUACGGGUCUGCCUGUAUUCUAGUGGAAGUCCCUGCUAAGGUUUCUAAAGGCCCAGACAACAAGAAGGCCAAAAGAGGGACAACAGUGGUCCUCAAGGCUGAAAUAAGUGGGGAGCCUCCUCCAGAUGUUGCGUGGCUUAAAGAUGGAGAUGACAUUGAAGAAGAUGACAGGGUAUUCUUUGACAUUGGAGACACCAACACGAUCUUGACCAUCAAAAAUGCAAAGUUGACUGAUGCUGGCAGGUAUGAGGUGUUUGUGGAGAACAAUCUGGGCACAGACCAGUCCUUCGCUCGCGUCGACAUCCUCUGAUGUAACCUCUCAGCUACACUGACGCUAAUGCAACAGCCUCUGUUCUCUUACAGUCCAAUCCGAUGGAUAAUACACUGUAAUGAUGCUGCGUUUCAAG